AUGACGAGCCCGGCGCACCCGUCGUCGUCCCUGUUCGGCCACUCGACCCCGGCCCUCACCCACCGCUUCGCCAACCUCGACGCGUCGUCCUCGUCUCCUCCCACCGACGUCAUCGCCACGCCCUCGGACCGCUACGCGGCACCGUCUCGCGCCAGGAACGGCAAGCAGCAGCCGCGCCGCAGCGUGCGCAUCCGCACCUCGUCGGGCGGCCACCUCGACUCGUCGCCCCAGAUCAAGCUCGGCGCGCCGUCGUCGUACCUCGGCGAGGACGACGCCUCGCACGUGUUCGAGAUCCCGUCCCGUACGCGCGCCGUCCGCACCGACUCGGCGUGGCAGAACGAGGCGCGCAGUGCGGCGCCUGCUCGUCUGCUCGACCCGCAGACGCCCGAGGACGCGCUCGCACUCGCGCAGGCGCACGGCAUCACGCCCGACCAGUUCGAGCAGGCCAAGCAGCAGGUUAUGCGCUUCUUGCGCAGCGAGCACGGCCAAGCCGCUCCCGGGUCAGCGCCCCUCGUGGUCAACACGUCGAUGCCGCGCGUCGCACAGCAGCCCGUCGCCACCCCGACCUACCCGUCUGCCGGCGCGCCCUUCCCGCCCAGCUCGACGACCCAGUCGUUCCCGCAGCAGCCCCUGUCGCGCACCCCGACCGCCUCGGCCGCUCUCCAAGCCGCCUUCCAGCUCGACCUACCCUUCACUACCUCGCGCCCUCGUGCUCGUGCGCCUGUCGAGGACGCCGUCAGCCAGUCGGCCAAGCGCCAGAGGCGUGACGCCGGUCCUGCCGCGGCCGCGCCGUCGUCCGCCGCCGAGCUCGCCGUCCGGCAGUGGGCGCAGGAGGAGAGCAGCAGCAGCAGCGAGGACGACGCGCCCGGCCUCGCGAGCAUGCUCAUCUCGCGCCGCGUCGGUGCGACGCCCGGCGGCAGCGCCGGCUCGCCCUCGGCCGCCGCCCUGUCGCCGGCUCUCGGCGCCGCCGCGCCCGACGCGAACGCGAGCCCGUCGCUCGCAGGACAGCGCGGCAUGAUGGACCGGUUCAUGUCGAGCCAGCCGCUGCCCGCCGCGGCUACCGCGCCGGCGCCGCAGCUCGACGCCCAGGGCGCUGUCGAGCAGGCGCACCAGCACCACGUCUCGCCGAGCCUCGCGCCGGCAUCGCCUAAGCGCAAGGCGCCAAUGAGCUACGCCGAGCACGCCCUCCUGAGCCCGGCGCCGUCGAGGCCCAAGACGAGCAUCCUCUUUUCGCCCGACGUCGCGCGCCUGCUCCGCAGCGAGCUCGACGAGCUCGAGGCCAACGAGCUCACGACGAGGCACUCGUCGCUCAGCCCGAGGAAGGAUAUCGAUCGCUCGUCCGACAUCGUUGUCGACUCGAGCCCGUUCCGCGGUGGCGCCUCGCCGUUCUCGUCGGGCGGCGCGUCUCGCUCGCGCGACAUUUUCAGCACGUCGAACGAGCCGUCCUUGACCAAGCGCGCCCGGUGGAACUCGGCCUUCGUCGAGAACCGCCCGACGUCGCCCACGCCCUCGGCGGCGUCGCUCACGAUGCGCGCCCCGUCGUUCUGCGACUCGUCGCCGGCCGCCUCGGACCGCGGCUCGGCCACGUCGCGCCAGCACUCGUUCGUCAACCACGCCGACACGCACGCCCACCCGGCUUCGGCCCCCGACUUUAUGUACGGCGGCAUGCCCUCGUCGUCGCCUACGUCGUCGCAGCAUUCGGAGUACGUCCCGGCGCGCUACUCGCGCUCGAGCCCGGGCCCGGGCCCGAAGCCCAAGGGCGCGCCGGCUCGCAGCGACACGUCGACGACGGUCGGCGACGCGGUCGCGCCUGCGCCGAGCGCGCGCAAGAAGCGGGCGCCCGCUCGCCGCAACGACAGCGCGCCCUCGUCGUCGUCGCGCGGCCUGUGGGUCGACGAGGACGGCGAGCCGAUCAAGCCGCGCUACUCGUACGCGGCCCUGAUCGGCCAGGCGCUCUUUUCGACGCCUGACCUGCGCAUGGCGCUCGCCGACAUCUACGUGUGGAUCAUGAGCGAGUACCCCUACUUCAAGAAGGACGACGCCGGCUGGCAGAACUCGAUCCGCCACAACCUGUCGCUCAACCAGUGCUUCAUCAAGACGGCCCGCGGUCCCGACAACCCGGGCAAGGGCUGCCUGUGGGCGAUCAAGCCCGGUACCGAGGACCAGUUCGUCGACGGCGACUUUGUCCGCAAAGGCGGGCAGGGCAACUCGCGUCGCAAGGGCGCCGGCGCGACCAAGGCGGCGCAGGCGGCGACCAAGCUCGCGCCGCAGAAGCUGCUGCGCGGCGACGACGCCGUACCCGCGGCGCCCGCCCCAACCGCCGCGUCGGCGAUGCGCCCACCGCCGGUGCAGCAGCGCCCGUCGACGCCGUCGGCCCUGUCGUCGCGCAGCGACUCGCCCGCCGCGAGCGUCAUGUCCCGCACCACCUCGAGCUCGACAUACAAGCUUGGCCAGCAGCACCACCAGCCGCAGAACCAGUCGCAGCAGGCCUACUCGCCGUGCCCGUCCACCGCCUCGAUGCGCUCGGUCACUCCUGUCGCGGCCUCGCCUGUGGUGCAGCCGACCAUGCAGCUCGAGCCGCCGGUCGAGCUCAGCUUCUCGGUGCCGCCGGCGGCGCUCGGGCCGCGUCCGGCCUCGGCGGCGGCCAUGCACCAGUACGAGCCCGAGGAGCAGCAGCAGCUCGCGCCGCCUGCGCCCGCCCCGCUCUCGCGGUCGCACUCGUCGAUGGGCUUCCUCGAGCCGGCGGCAGCGGCGGCGUGUGCGUCGGCGAACCGCAACGGCGCGCUCGAGGCGAUCGAGGAAGAGGCGAGUCGGCCUCACCUCGCACCGCCCGUCGCCCUCGGCCGCACCUAUUCGGCGCCGAUGCUCGCGACCCAGUCCGAGCCCGGCUUGACGAGCGGGCCUCCUCCCGCGUCGCCGCCGCCGUCGCACCUUACGGUCCAGCGCCUGCACGAGCCGCUCCUGUCGGCCACCAUGUCGCCGCCGACCUCGGUCUACCACCGCCUCGCCGGCCCGUACCAGCCCCUGUCGUACGGGUCGUCGCUCGCGCAGAACCACCGCGCGCUCGCGCUCCUCGCGUCGCCCGAGGCGGCCGGCAUCAUGACGAGCCGCGGCGGGUCGCCGCGCCUCGUCGUCCCGUCGAGUUCGACGCCGUUCCUCCCGCCGCUCGGCGGCAGGAAGCGGCAGCGCACCGAGAGCGACAACCGCAUGCUGUCGCCGACGGCGCUCGUCCACACCCAGAGCCCUAUCUCGUCCAUCCGCGGUGGCCCUCGUCAACCCAUGUCGCCGAUGCAGGACAAGCUCGAGCCGCUCGCCGACCCGGCCAAGAAGCUCGACACGCGCGCGCCCGGCACUCGCCUCCUGCCCUCGGUCAACGCCCUCGUCUCGGCCGACUUUGACCCUUUCCGCUCGCCGCCGCCCUCGUCGUCGUCGUCGGCCGCGCACGUCCUCGCGAGCAACUCGGCGCGGUACCACCUCCGCAGCCCGUCGGCGCGCCUCCAGGCGGUCCUGAGCACGCCGGGCGGCCACGGCAAGGGCAGCGCCCGUCACCAGCUGCCGCUCGGCUUCUCGCCGUCGCUCGCGUCAGGCUCGAGCUGGGAGCGCUCGACGGCCGACUCGGGCGUCGGCGUCGGCGGUGCGAGCGGCGGGUCGACGCCGUGGGGCGACGUCGGCCUCGGCGAGUCGCCCAGGAUCGAGGGUGUCGGUGCGCAGAGGCUGUACUGGCCCUCGCCCGGUGCAGGUUCCGGCGCGGCGCACCUCCCUUGGUGAUGCGCUCGGCCCCCCUCCCCUCGUUCCCCUCCUCCUCCUCACACUCUCUCUUUCCCUGUCGAUAGCUCUCCUCGUCGUCCCGUCCGUACCUUGCCCUGUGUCAUACCCCUUUCUCGACCUCCUCUGUUGCUGCCGUCGUACCUUUGCGCCUCGUUCCCCUCGUUCAUAGCCUUCUUUGUCCUCCUCGUCCUUCGUCUGUCCCUCGCCCUUAUAGCGUAUUCGCCCUCUCUCUCUUUCUCGCGCCGCAACGUCGCCAUGUUGGACUCUC